GCCCUAGUUCCGCUCCAGACAGAGGAGAGGGGAGAGGCGGAGGCCAAUGGCGCCGAGGCCUAGCGCCUGCCUGGCCCCUCCUUGGGCGGGGCGUUGGCGUAGCAACCGGGGCCGAGGCAGGACGCUUCCUUGCCCGGCGGCUCCGGCCCAAGCGCCAGCACCGCCGCCCCAAAGUCUUGCCCAGAGGCCUCGGCAGGCACAGAAUCCCUCAGCAUGCUCAGAGAUUUACCAGCCUCUGAGUGUAUAGUCCUUGAAGGAUUACAGAAGAACCAAUGCUGCCCCCCCUCCAGCCCUACAAAGUCUCCAACCCCAAUUUAUUCCUUAAUAUUCUCUGGAAAUGACCAUUUUGAUACUUACAAGGGAAUAGGUUGUCCAAGAGGAUGGAGAUGGUGGAAACAACCCAGUCUGACCUCAUCAAUAUUACAGGAUCCUUUAGGAAAAUGGACUCCCUUCUUUUGGACAGCUUGGUGGAGGAGCCUAAGAAAGGCGCUUAUGUUCCCAACCACCUUCUCGAAUCCAAGAUUUAUACAAAGCUUUUAAGAAAUGAUGUCAUACAGGCUAAACCUGCCAUAAUGCAUUUUGGAGGUUAUGAAAUAGAAAAACAUCACCAACAAGUACUGAAACUUGUAAAUAUUUCUGGUGAUCUCAUAAACAUCCAUAUUCUUCCACCAGAGACAAAGUACUUCCAGAUCAAAUACACCAAAACACACCGGCUUGUCCCUGGCUUGUCGUUUACAGUUAUGGUUGAUUUCUGUCCUGAUGAAUGGCGAUACUAUUAUGACUGCAUCCGAAUCCAUUCUCAGGGAGAUGACACACUGCUGGUUCCUUUGCACGCCUAUCCUGUGAUGAACACUGUAGAGUUCCCAUCCUACAUUAGUUUGUCUGAUGUUCCCCUGGGACAAUGCAAGAAAUAUGUGAUCCCUCUGCAGUGCAGCUGUCCCAUAGAUUUUGAAUUCUGUGUUGAUUACCUUCAGCCUCACAAAGCCUUUACAAUUCACCCAACAUCUGGAAUAAUUCCAGCCAAUGGGAAAACAGAAGUGGUAGUUACAUUCACACCAUUCGAAUAUGGCAUAGUCCAGAUGAAAAUGCAGUUGUGGAUUUCACAGUUUAACUCAAAACCUUAUGUGUGUACAUUCACAGGAACAUCGAUGUCACAGCCCAGUUUAACAAAGGAAGAUUUUGAUAAGCAAGAAAAAAUACUGCAGAAAACACAAAAAAGUCCUGAAAGAGAAGUGGUACGCCUACCACAGAGGACAGUAUCGCCAAAACAUAAGCACCUCAGUUCCAUAUACAAAAUUCUGCCCAUCAAAUAUAAAAAUUUGCACUUCCCAGCUGACAUGUCAAAUCAUUCUGCUGUGGCAACUGUUUUGAUUCAAGAGCCAGGGAAAUUAAAGAUAAAGCGCUUAAGAGAAGUCCUAGGAGGACAAGGUGAUGGAGCUCAAACAAGGCAGGUGAAAGAAGCUGUUUUUGAACUGAAAGUUAAACAGGAAAUGCAAGACGAGUUAACAAAUCAACUGAAAUGGCAAGUUCAUUUAGGCAAAGAUCCAAUGUAUCCAACUUUUCAGAGGCAACUUCUCGAUGACCGACGGAGAGAAGAAGAACUGUACAAGAUUAAAAGAGGAGAUCCCAUUCUAGAGAAAGAAUUUCAAAGGAAGUAUGUUGAAAUCUCUCCCAAACGGAUCAUCCGAGACAUCAGCGAGUGCCCCAAAUUUCAGCCUACAUUUGAUCUCCUGCUUAAUAACCCUUGGCGCCACAGGCACUGGACUCUGCGGAGAUUCCAACAAGCUGCGCGAAAGAUCCUGCUUCAAUGCCGGCUCAAAAAUGUGAUAAAAAGGCUGCAUGGAGUAUUUAAGGCUAUUAAAGCACAAGAGAUGGAGGAUGCAUUCAUAUCAGAAUGCAGUAGCUUCAAAACACCCAGCAUAGCAGCCAUAAGUGAGGAGAAGAGAGUGUCUUUUGUCCUGACUGCCAGUCGUGUACUGCCUUCCGAAUUCCCCACUUACAAUCCUCCUCGAUGGGCUGAUGAUCUGGCACCAGAGGUUCUUGGUAUUGUUCCUGUGAAGUCUGCACAAGUUAAAAUCAAACAACUUCACCACUUCUAUGAACUAAAGGUCCCUCAGCAUUUCAUGCUCAUGGGAUAUCAGCCAUUUUGCAUACACCAGGCAGCAACCAGUUACAGUAUUCCAAAGUAUUCUCAAACUCUGAAGAUAGGUGCAGAGGAAGAGCUUAUCCCAGUCAUACCUGUUUCAGAAGAAAAACUCCAGUUGGACUUGAUAGCAGGAGAGGAGGAACUAGACACCUCUCUGCUUAACAUUAAAGCUCCUGAAACGUUGUUGCAUCCUCCAAAUGAUUAUCCACUUCAAGUUUUUAAUCCUAGCCCAGGACUGUAUGAGUUCAAGUCACCGUUACCUUACACAGAAAGUAGCAUCGAGUAUCAUAUUUGCCCUGUUCCAAAAUAUACACUCACAAGGAAAUACCCACUAAAAUCCAGCAUUCCAGUUAAUCAAAAGAAAUUCCUCCACCACAAGGAAAUAAUCCCUGGUGUAAACAACUGGAAGAAGUUCCCUUCAGUGAUUAAUUCGAUUUUACCUAAUGUGCCAGCUCUGAAUGGCAUACCAGUACCAUUCUGCACUGAUCCCUAUAAUGAAGAAAUGAUGCCAAAAGAUGUACCUCCAAUUCUGGAUGAUUUACCAGAGCAAGACAAGGAAAAUGUGAUUGAUGAAGUGACAGAAGAUAAAGAUGCAGUCUUACUUACACCAGAAAUGAUAAAAGCUGAAUUUCCACAGAUCGAUGUACCAGCAGAUGAUAGUAAAGUACAAAAAGAAGGAAGUGAUGCAAAUGGAGAUCUUAAAGUUGCUUCCUGCAUGUCUCUGAACACUGCAAUACCUAUUUCCAGAGAUGUAAGGGAUAUUGUGGACUGGUAUGUUCAAACACAGAGCAACAUAUUUGGACAAAGAGUUGACGAAAAUAUGGAGAAACUUAAAGAGAAGGCCAUUCAGAAGAGCCUAAUCCUGAACUAAAUGCUCUCUAAAUACUUUGGAACGUUGUUUUGCUUGAACAUUUUCAUAAGUCAACCAAAGUCACUACAUUUUUCUAUCUUCAACUGGGUUUCUGAUGGAAAUAAACGGCAUGAGCUAUUAUAA